GCACAUUUAACUGCUUAAAAAUGUAAGUUUCUUAAGAUAUCUGCAAAUAUAAUUAAUAAGUAAAUGCACAUUAUUUCCACACAGUGCUGGCCGGUUGUCUGCUCAUCUGAGCUGAAGGUGGGCAGAAAAGCGCAAAGCGACAUCAUUUGACACAGAUUAAAGCCGAGUAUGACUGAAGUGUAAAACAGAAAUGGGAUCAAACUUGAAAUGUUGAAGUGUUUAGAUUGUUGGGCUGACGGAACCACCGAGCUUAAAGUCGUCCGAAGGAAUGGAUCAAUAUGAAUAAUAAAAAGAGUCCAUUUAUUGAAGCUCUGGAUAAAUGUGAGGACAGGAGAGAUGGAGGCUUUAAGCAGACAUGGAGGUGUUCUCUCUCAGAUGAUAGUGAAGACGACAGCAGACAUGAUGCCGCCCUUGUGACCAUGGAGCGAGUGAGUGGCCAGCAGGAGCUUUCAUCUGAGGGAAUAAAGACUCCUUCAUCCACGAAGCGCUUCAGUGCUAAUGGGUCUGUGGAGACUCAUGAUCGACGUCCGUAUCAGUUAAAACCCCUCAACAGAACCGGCAAGAUUAGUGACGCGGCUCAUUCGGUCAGCAUGUCUCCGCUCCCCAAUCGAACCAGCUUUCUGAUCAUGAGUCCUGCGCCUCAAGCUGUGGUGGUUCAGGGGCGGGUCUUCCAGCAUGCACAGCUCUCUACUCCAAUAAGAAAGCUGGAGCACAGAUCAGAUUUGAUCCAGAGAGGCCAGAUGGACAGCAUUGUUCUCACCUGUCCUGAGAUUUCAGAUCCAGGAGACCUCAGUAUUAAGAGACGUGUUCACCAGAAGCGGCGGAUCGGUGAGAGUCCUGUGCCUGUGAGCCAAGCGGUUGAGCAGCCUCUUCAGCCUGACGAUUACCUGACAGUGUGUGGUGAAUGUGGCCAGCCGAGCGAGGACCAUGUGAAAUGUGACCACUGCGGGUUUAUCCUCCCCGAUGAGACUAAGCCUCGUCCUGCCAUAGCGUCAGUGCUGCCCCCUCGGCCCUCUAUUCGCCCGCAGCCUGCCAGCCUCCAGAUGAGCAAAGGCUUUUAUGAGUGCUCUCAGCAGCUGGAUGUGAUCGUCAACCCCUCUGUGCGGAUCACCCCUGGGAAUCUGCUCUUCCCGCACAACGGCAGACCUUCGGGAAGCCUGGCCUGUAAUGGACACAAGGCGGCCGGAGGAGCGAAGCAGCAGCUCAGCAAACCGUGUGAAUUAAAUGACCCCAUUGUGUUGUCGAGUGAUGAAGACGACGAGAGCGAUAACGUGAGCAGCACGGGGACAGCGAACCGAUUGGACAGCGUGUCUCCGCGGCCGGCAGACUCCGCCCACUCAUCUCCAGCGCCCUCUGAUGGACGGUUGGAGGCGGUGGUGAAAGCAGCAGGUGAACACGAGGAUCCGAGCGCUGACUUUUUCACACACACGAACCACAGGAACCUGCUGCCCAGGAGGAAUCGCAUGAAAGAUCCGUUUGGGAACCUUGUGUCCGAUGAUGCAACUGUCUCCAAGAGAAGGAAGAUAAACCAGGAGCAGAAGUUGAGCAGUAUUAUUCUGGAGUGCAGGAGCGUGAGGAUCGGCACACUGCGCAGGAUGGUCACCAAACCUGUAGUGUUUACAGUGGAUUUCAUACAGCUGGAAACCGAAGGUCGUGAGGUGGACGUGUUGGAGAGCGUUUCUCUAAAGGCUUCAGAGCUGACCAGAUGUGAGUGGUGUAAUGUCAAGAAGCUGCCGGUUCUGUUUCUCCAGACCAGCGAUCAGGAGUGUCAGCGUUUACAGACUCAGCUGCAGAUGUCCCAGGACAGCGGAGGAAUCUGGUACGACUGCAACGGCAAUAACGAUGAGAAGUAUAUUGUAUUGAUCUUCGAGCACGGUCCCUCAAUGCACGAGCAGGUGAUUCUGGAGGAUAUCCUGACAGAAAUUGGCAGAAACAACCGGCUGGCGGACUUCCCUUCCAAGAUCAGCUUCGAUGAGGCCAAUGUUAGACUGGUUAACUACAACAAAGCUUCAUUAGAAAAAGAAAAGGUUAAGGUGGAGAAAGCUGAAGUGUUAGAAGCACCUUCAUCUUCAGCAUUAUUGGCCACGCCGUCUCUUUCGGUAGUGACAGUAGCUGUGGCCCCUGUGAAUACAUCUCCAGCAGUCCCCGUCCCGUGUGCAGCGCCCAGUGUGCAGGCGCGCAUGUCUGCUCGGCUCCAGGAGUUCUGUGAUGACGAUGACGAGAUGGCGGAGCUGCAGCCCACCUUCACCGGACCCAUCAUCAAGUUAUUGGUUUACCCGCCACCGCCUGCUAAAGGAGGAAUCUCAGUGACCAAUGAGGACCUGCACUGCCUGAGUGACGGAGAGUUCCUCAAUGAUGUCAUCAUUGACUUCUAUCUCAAAUAUCUGUUUUUGGAGAAGCUGAAGAAAGAAGAUGCCGUCCGCAGUCACGUCUUCAGCUCCUUCUUCUACAAGAGACUCAAUCAGAGAGAGCGGAGGAACACCGUAGACACCUCCAGCCUGCCCAUCCAGAAGAGGAAACACAACAGAGUGAAGACAUGGACGCGUCAUGUGGAUCUCUUCCAGAAGGACUUCAUCUUUGUGCCCAUUAAUGAGUCAGCACACUGGUAUCUGGCCGUAAUCUGUUUUCCGGGUCUUGAGAGUGCUCAGGUUGAGCCGAACCCGCUGUACCAGCCUCAGACUGCGGUGUCCUCCAGCCUACCCACAGACGGAGCUUCAGAAGAGCGGGACCAGUUCAGCCAGAACACAGCCGUCCCGCACAGAGCUGAGGCAAACCAAGUACAGUUGACCGAUGGUUUACGCAGAAUAAUCGAGUAUAACACAGAAGACGAUUCCCACCAGUCUGAUGACCAAAGCUCAUGUCCGGAUGAGUGCAGUGAGGACGGGGCAUUGGCGGACGAAUCUGGCAGCUUCGACAGAGCAGAGUGGACCUCCAAACCCACCAUCUGCAAACAGCCUUGUAUUCUGAUCAUGGAUUCUCUGCGUGGACCAACCAGGUCAACCGUGGUGAAAACCUUACGAGAGUAUCUAGAGGUGGAGUGGGAGGUGAAGAAAGGCUCUCGGAGGAGUUUCGGGAAAGAGCUGAUGAAGGGUUCGAGUCCUCGUGUGCCGCAGCAGGACAACUUCAGUGACUGUGGAGUCUAUGUGCUGCAGUACGUGGAGAGCUUCUUCGAGAGUCCCCUUCCAAGCUUUCAUCUCCCAAUGAAUUUACUGGAGUGGUUUCCCCAACAGCGGAUGAAGACCAAGCGGGAGGAGAUCAAGGAUCUGAUCCUGAAGCUUCAGACUCAGCAGCAGCUCAGCCUGGAGAGCUCCGAUCAGACGGACCGCGCUCACAGCCCUUACGAGGACUCUCUGGAGUCAGCCGACCUCAUCCCACCAAUCAGCUCCUGAGCUCCGUCACAUGACUAACAAACACUUACAGCCAAUCAGGGCCUUGUGUGAUUGUACGCUGCUGGACGACUCUGCCGUUAUUUCUGACGAUCUCCUUCUAGUUUUGAUGAUACGAACUUAAACGAAACAACUUUGUGUUUGUCUGUCUGAUUUCAUUUGUAUCUAAUAAAUUGUACAUAAGCUAGGCGUUUCUCUGACUUUGACACUUCUGCUGCCUUUAGAGUUUUACAUCUCAGACAUCCUUCAGUUUUGCUCCAUCUGUGAAAUAAUGAAACUUCAUGUGUUCA